GAGAGUUCCUGGAUACCACCAUCACCUAUGAUAAGAGGUUCGACAACUGGCCGGACUGGAACACCCUCUUGGCGGACUCCCCCGUGCUCUGCCCUGAUGGAGAGGCUCUUACCGGUUUCAAGCUCUUGCCCGCCCGGAACGUUUUCCGGUUCGAAUGCAGCCGCAUCGGUGGCCUGGGUGCGAGCUACGAAUACUUCAGCGCCCAGGUGGAAGUGAAGCGAUUCGACGCGAUCAAGGCAAACUGGAUUGGAGCACUGCGCAUGAUCAAGGUGGACUGUGGCGCAGAUGCGCUGCUCAGUGGCUUCCACUUCGAGUUCUCCGAGGGCGGACGAUGGGCUCGCUCAAAGUUCACUUGCUCCAAAGCUGGCGGAGCUCCAGUUGUGAUGGAGCCUUCCACGACCAUCGAGAGCUUGACUCGAGAACCGGAAGGCAGAGUUUGUUGUGAGGUGGGAGAAAAGAAGAUGCAAAAGAAGGAGGAGAAAAAGGCUUCGUGGUAG